ACAACUAUAAUAAUAAUAUAAAAUAUGUACAAUAAUUUAUUUUCACAUCGCGAUACACAAAAUUAAUAUUAUAUCACGCUGCAGUGCGGUUAUAGCCACCGUCGAUAAUUUUUAUUUUACCAUUACCUAUCUGCAUAUAGUGGAUAAGUCAUCAUCAUGUCCAGAAAACUCGAGAAAUUCGUCGUGCUGUUCGAUAACACCAACCUGUUGUAUUUCCCGGGUCAGUUUCUCAGCGGCAGAGUGUUGGUGGAGCUCAAGGACGACACUCAGGCCUUGGGCUUACAUUUCCACGUGAUCGGAGAAGGGGUAGUGCGAUUGAAAAGCAAACGGCGAGAGCGGAUCUACGACAAAGAAAACUACAUAGAUUUUCGGAUGAGACUGCUCGGAGAACCGGGACAACCGCCAGUGAUGCUGUCGCCGGGCAUUCACAGUUUUCCGUUUAAGCUCGGCCUGCCGCCGGGACUGCCGUCCACGUUCCUGGGAAAGUCCGGUUGGGUCCAGUACUACUGUAAGGCGGCGCUCCGGGAACCCAACUCACUCACGCACAAGAACCAACAAGUUUUCAUCGUCAUGAACCCGAUUGACCUCAACAUGGAGCCGUCCAUUUUAUCUGAACCGUUCCGGUGCGACAUCGAUCACAAACUGUCUAAAGCCAUGUGCUUAGGAUCCGGUUUAGUCGAGUGUCAGGUGUGUCUGGACAAGGGUGCCUAUGUGCCAGGCGAGACCAUUGAGAUCACGGCCACGGUUACCAACAACAGCAAAGUUACCAUUAAAUCGACCAGAGCUACACUGACGGAGACCAUUCAGUAUUUUGCCAAGAGUAAAAUAAUACAAUCGGAGACCAGAGAAUUGGCUUCGUUGAAAAGAGACAAAAUCAGACCAAACGAAAUGGACCAAUGGCACAAUGAACAACUUUACGUGCCACCACUGCCGCCUACUAACCUCCGUGGGUGUCAUCUAAUAAACAUUCAAUAUGAUAUUUAUUUCAUUAUAUCUCCGAAUAACAUGGAAAAGGAUGUAAAACUACAACUUCCUAUUAUGAUGGGUACUUAUCCGUUUAGAACAGAAAAUGGAUCAUUUGAUGGAAAACUUGGGACCCAUUAUCCAUCGACAUUGCCAAUACUACGACCAUGGUUGGAAGAAAAGACUUUUAAAUGAUUAAAUUAACUAUUGAAAAUGAUAUGUAUUAGUCAACUAACCAAUUUUCUUAUUACAUUUGAAAUUAAUUAAUAUUUAAUAUAUGUGAAUUUGAAUUAAACAAUUUUAUUUGUUUUACUUAUUCCUAGUUUUUUUUAAUUAACUUUGAACACUUUUGUCUCUGAAAGUAUUGUUAUCGAAACAUAACUAUUAUGAAUUUAUUUUUAAUAUAAUAUUUAAUAAUG